UGUCAAAAAUGAUAUCAGAUUUAAGGUGAGAGAGGAUAUAAUGAGGAUGUCAAUUAAGAUGGUAGUGGAAAUAUCAGCAAUUGAAAUUAUCUUAGGUACAGAAGCAUCUUUAGUAUUAGCAAUUUAUCGGCCAUCAGGUGAAGCAGACAUUUUUUUCGAUACACUUGAAAAAAUAUUAAAUGUUUUGAGUGGAAACAAGAGAAUUAUUAUAACGGGUGAUUUCAACAUAAACAUGCUGAAUCAAAAUCACAGCAAUACACAAAUAUUCAAGCAACUCUUGUACUCAUAUGGUGUAACUCCAACGAUUAUGGAACCUACAAGAAUUACAGCAACUACAAAAACUUGUAUCGAUAACAUCUUGACGAAUUAUACAGAAUAUGAAGCGGGGACAUUUCCAAACCAUAUGUCAGAUCAUAAUACCACCCAAACCAUUACUUUAAAAUGGAGAAGUACUGAAAUAAGUCGGAAUUACAUAUAUAAAAGAGUUGUAAAUGAGUAUACACUGUCAGUCCUCAAAGAAGAACUUAAAGAAGAAAAUUGGGAUGGAAUUUGGGAAAUUCCACAAGAAAAUGUCGAUGAGCAAUGGAACUCUUUUUUGGAAAGCUACACAGAACACUUCAAAUAUGCUUGUCCAUUGAAAAAAAUUGAUAAGGCACACAAUACAAAGAAACUAUUGAAAAUGAAACCUAAUGAGGAGCAGAUUAAUUGUAAGAAAAAGCUUGACAUACUUUAUACCCUCAAGACUUUCAAUCAAAGCUAUAAUGAGGAUUACAAAAAAGUGAAAAGGGAAUAUGACUCUAUCUUGAGAAAACAGAAAUGCCAAGUAUACAAAGGAAAAAUACUUACUUCAGAUAAUAAAAGCAAAAGUCUAUGGCAAUGUGUGAAGGAUAUCAAAGGAGCGGAAAGCAGAGAGUCAAUACGGUUAGAGGGAAAUCCAAAACAAAUAGCAACUGAUUUCAAUCAUCAUUUCUCUACAGCGGCAUUAGAACUCAUAAACAGAAUGAGGGAUGUUCCUUUCACACAUAAUAUUGAACGUGUAACUGAAAAACUCAUCUUCAGACAAAUAACUGAGAAUGAGGUGCUAUUGGCUUGUUCCAAGUUAAAAAAUAAAGAUAGUUGUGGCAUAGAUGGUAUUUCUAAUAGAGUUAUCAAGAGCUCCAUAGACUUAAUACUUCAACCACUAACAUAUAUUAUCAACAAUAUGCUAACCUAUGGAAUAUUCCCACAGCAAUUAAAAGAAGCAAAGGUAAUACCGAUUUAUAAGAAAGGAGAUGCUAAUGAAAUGUCUAAUUAUAGGCCGAUCAACUUCUGGAAUUUCUCUUGGAGAAAGAUAUAUUAGCAUCCUCACAACAUGCCUAUAUUAAAGGAAAAUCAACAAAUACUGCCAUUUAUGAUUUCAUAGUAGAGAUAGUGGAGGCAUUUGAAGAAAAAGAUCUGACCAUGGGCAUUUUCCUAGACCUAUCAAAAGCUUUUGAUAGCCUAUCACAUCAACAUCUAGUGCAUAAAAUGAAACAACUUGG